AUGCUAGGAGGCCCUGUGGCCUUCGCUGCGACCGUGUUCUUCUCAUUGGUGGGCGGCUUGCUGGGUAUAGGUCCUUCCCAAGACGACCAGUUCCGAAAGCUUUAUGAGAAGAUCAUGGAAGAGGUCCAAGAUAUGAUGGCGAUGCAAGAAGUGCGACUUCAAGUGGGCGAUCGAAUUUCGGACCUGCAAGCCCUCCUAGAUGAAAUGGACUGGGUGCCGGGAAUGCUGGAUACUAGCAAAGCUUCGCCAGGGACAUGGCUGACAUACGGUCUCAUGUUGCAGCACGACGUCGCCAAGAUUUCAACGAAGAUACGACGGGGCAAGUUUGGCCAGAGUGAGAAUCGAGACGCCUCACUUGCCUGGUCACGUGUCAUGGUUCCGAUUCUUGACCAAGUCCUGACCCUGCAAACGGCACUCAUACUUGACAUUGCGUCCCAUGAUGAGGUGGACAACAAGGAUGCGGCCUACAAACGCCUGAAAGUUCUCUACGAUGGUGAUGGUGGAGCGGGCAGUUCGUACCGAGAAUGGUACAAAGCUCAUCUUCCUUUGCAGGUUGCAGCGCAGAGACAGCAACUGGAAGGUGAUUUGGGAUGGAAGAACAAACAUGAGAAGAAGUACCUAAGGGUUCGCUGGAGUAGCAAAUGCAUACUCUCCCAAAAAGGCUGCACUUCAGCCGGCCGAGAUAUCUGCAAAAUCAUGGGCUGCUCAAAGACAAGCGCCGUUAGCCCAAGUUACAGUGGCAGCCACAACGAUUGUGCAGGCAAGUUUCCCGGCAAGUGUACUCCAGCCGUGCUGGACACUUACAUCGACACCCAUGUUGCCGACAAGCUGCGUUCAGACGCCGAAAUGAGGGGGGCAUUCCUCAAUGCUGCUGAUGGCAUCGAGCCCAAACUAUUCGACACAGUCGUCUCUGCAGUGGAACCGGUUGUCGACCGCAUAAGCUGCAAUUUUGGGUCGGACCUUUGUGGUUGGACUUCUUCCGGAACAUACACGUGGAGGAGGAACAGCGGGAGAACUCCCAGCAGCAACACGGGGCCUCACACCGGAGCCUCACGGUCCAACUGGUACAUCUACGUGGAAGCCAGCCACCCCAAUUACCCGUAUAAAGAAUUCAUACUCCAGUCGCCUUCCUUCAUUCUCAACAAAGACAUGACCUUUGAGUUUGGCUUGCACAUGUUCGGAAGCUCCAUGGGAAGUCUCAACUUGGAAAGGCUUGAAGGCGGUUCGCAGUGGAAGAGCCUGUGGUCAAAGUCUGGCAACCAAGGCAGUAACUGGAAAUCCGUAUCAGUCCAACUACCCCGGGCAACCACGAAGCUUCGCUUCCGCGCUGUCACUGGGUCUUCUUGGAGCAGCGACAUUGCGGUGGACAAUUUGAAGCUUGUAUAG